AUGUCCGCAAGUGACGCAGUAACUGCUGAAGAAAAAGUUGAUAUAGAUCCUUCAACACUAAAUCCACUUUCUCCUGAAGUAAUUUCGAGACAGGCAACUAUUAACAUUGGUACUAUUGGGCAUGUGGCUCACGGAAAAUCUACAGUCGUCAAAGCAAUAUCCGGAGUUCAGACCGUUCGCUUCAAGAAUGAGCUUGAACGUAAUAUUACUAUCAAAUUAGGUUAUGCAAACGCAAAAAUUUAUAAAUGCGAUAACGAAGAAUGUCCUAGACCAGGAUGCUAUAAAUCAUACCGUAGCGACAAGGAAGACAAUCCGCCUUGUGAAAGAGCUGGAUGUGGUGGAAGAAUGAAACUUUUAAGGCACGUUUCUUUCGUGGAUUGUCCUGGCCACGAUAUUCUUAUGGCUACUAUGUUGAACGGUGCCGCAGUGAUGGAUGCUGCACUUCUUUUAAUUGCCGGCAAUGAAUCAUGCCCACAACCUCAGACUAGUGAACAUUUAGCUGCAAUUGAGAUUAUGAAAUUGAAGCAUAUCAUAAUUUUACAAAAUAAAGUGGACUUAUGUAAGGAAAGUGCAUGUGAAGAACAUUAUCAGAGUAUUUUAUCUUUUGUAAAAGUUGACGAUCUAAAAGGUGGUGUUGCUGGUGGUUCAAUUUUGCGUGGUAUAUUAAAGGUUGGUGAUGAAAUAGAAGUGCGCCCAGGGAUACUUACUAAAGACAACGAAGGUCAAAUACAUUUUCGUCCCAUAUUUUCGCGAAUAGUUUCAUUAUUUGCAGAACAUAAUGACUUAAAAUUUGCUGUUCCCGGUGGUUUGAUUGGUGUUGGCACUAGAAUUGAUCCAACUCUUUGCCGUGCGGAUCGAUUGGUUGGUCAAGUACUCGGAGCUGUUGGCAAGUUGCCUAACAUUUAUACUGAACUAGAAAUUAAUUAUUUCUUGCUCAGAAGGUUAUUAGGUGUUAAAACAGAUGAGAAAAAACAGACAAAGGUGUCAAAACUUGCCAAAAACGAGGUAUUGAUGGUUAACAUAGGUUCUACCUCGACGGGCGGCCGCGUUAUGUCAGUUAAAAGUGAUGCAGCUAAAAUUCUAUUAACAAGUCCUGCUUGUACCGAGGUCGAAGAAAAGAUUGCCUUAUCGCGUAGGAUUGAUAAACAUUGGCGACUAAUUGGAUGGGGUAAAAUUAAACGAGGCGUUACUAUCGAACCAGAUCCUUAA